ACAUGUACAUUGAACAUAACCUUAAAUAUUUUUCAUGUGAAAUUCGUAAUCCUGUUGAUGUACACGAAAAGAAAAUAUUUAUUUUUGGAUUCAUGUAAUUGAUUGGUUUGAAGAAUCAUUUAUAUAAACUUUGGUAAAUUUAAUAGUUAUGUCUUGUAACAAAUACCUCUCCCAUUUGAUAUUUCCUUGUAAAUUGAACGUUAAAAGUAUGCCUCUAUUGUGUGUUCGAAACUUGUCACUUGUGAGUGACAUACCUGAUAAACUAAAAUUAGAAAAGAAAAAAGUAAUUAUUUCGGAUGAAUUGAAAGUGGAAAUACAAUCGAAACAAAAAACAUCAAAACGUAGGAAAAAUGUUAGUUGCGAAGUAAGUGACAAAGUUACUAAGAAAAAAAGCAAGAUACCAGAUAGAAUUAUCGCAGAUUAUCGGCUAUUUGGAAGAGUACUACAAAAAAAGAAAGGAAAAUACACGCAAUUGAUACCAGAACAGGCUGAAGGUAAACCAAAAUCUGCAGGUGCACGUAAAGUCCUUGAUUCAGAAGAUUUGUGGAUAAUGAAGAUAUCAAAUCCAAAUCAUAUAAAAUAUAUAAGUUAUAAGACUACAAAAAAUGUGAAGAAUGAAAUAUCUAACGGUAAUAAAAGUCGUCCAGAUACCAAAAUAAAUACAAUUAUUAAUACUGAGAAUAUAGAAAUACAAAAUACUAAAAAGUGCACAUUAGAGACUGUGUCUGACUUUACAUCUGAUGGUUGUACAGCAAUCUUACAGAAAGCAAUAGAAAGGAUAACUUCGUAUCCCAUCCGUGAUGUAGACACAUCCAUUGAUUGCUUUAUAGAAUAUAAAGAAAGCGAAGGAGGUACACAUAUUCCAAGUGUAACACAUAUUCUUCGCGAAACCAUGUCUGCACAAUCAAAAAGGGCUUUAGAGAUAUGGAAAGAAAACAUGAUUAAAAAAUUAGGCCAGGAACAAUUUGACAUAUUUUGUAAAGAACUAUUAGUGAAUGGUAAGUUAUUUCAUACCUGUGUGGAAAACACUUUGUUACAAAAGGAGAUUGAAAUUCCUUUAAAAGUCGAGCCAACCUAUAAUAGCGUGAAAUCUGUUUUGAACGAUGUACAGACUGUUAAAAAUCUCGAAGCUUACGUGAUGCAUCCUAAUUUGCGAUACAAAGGUGUCGUGGACUGCAUUGCUUGUUAUAGGGACAAAGUAUGCGUAAUCGAUUGGAAACAAUCAGAGAAACGGAAGUCUACUCUUGCGUCGACUUACGACGCACCUGUGCAAUUAGCUGCCUACGUCGGCGCUCUGAACGCUUCCGAUAACUAUCCAUUUAUGAUCGAUAUGGGGGUGGUUGUGAUUGCAUACACAAAUGGCGAUCCUGCAACUGUACACGUAUUGGAAAAUGACGUGUUAGAAAAGUCGUGGAAGGAUUGGUUGAAAAGAUUGCAACAGUAUUAUACUCAUCUGAUCAAAAAGGACUGAUCUGGAAGCUCAGUUUUCGUUUAAGUUAGCUGUAAAAGUUAAAUAUUAUAUAAUGUAUAUCGUAAGCAUAUUCUUGUACAUGUACUGAAAAAGAAUCGUUUAAAUACACUUUUUUUACCUAACUGUGAUAUCCAAGUUACGAGUCAGAGAAAAAGUUGG